CUAUAUAUACUGGGCUGCCUCCUGCCUGCACAGAUCGCAACUCACACUAAGCGCUCCCAGCAUCAGCCCCGCUCUGGAUUCGGAGAUCUGCCGCAAUGGACGUGUUUUCCGGUGGCAUCGAUAUAAGCUUUACAGAAGAUAACAGCACUGAGAUAAAUGGUUCGGAAGAUUUCGAUGAUUUCCGAAGCCCAUGUUUCUCACAGGAGAACAACGACUUCAACCGAAUUUUUCUGCCGACCAUUUAUUCUUUCAUAUUCCUGCUGGGAAUCAUCGGGAACGGACUGGUCGUAUUGGUUAUGGGCUACCAAAAGAAAUCGAGAACCAUGACCGAUAAGUACCGGCUACACCUGUCGGUCGCCGACCUUCUCUUUGUCUUCACGCUACCGUUUUGGUCAGUAGAUGCCGCCAUUGGAUGGUAUUUUAAAGAAUUUCUAUGCAAGGCCGUCCAUGUCAUUUACACCGUUAACCUAUACAGCAGUGUCUUGAUCUUGGCGUUUAUAAGUCUUGAUCGCUACCUGGCGAUCGUCCAUGCCACCAACAGCCAAGGAUCGCGGAAGCUUUUGGCUGAGAAAGUGGUGUAUGCCGGUGUGUGGCUGCCGGCUUUGCUCUUGACCGUCCCUGACUUGGUGUUUGCCAGCGUGAGCGACGAAGAUGGCUACUACGUGUGUGACCGCAUCUACCCGCUCGACCAACGGGACAAUUGGACCAUUGGCUUCCGGUUUCUGCAUAUCACAGUUGGACUCGUCUUGCCUGGACUUAUAAUUCUGACCUGCUAUUGUGUCAUUAUCUCCAAACUUUCACACUCCAAGGGUCAUCAGAAACGCAAAGCCCUGAAGACCACCGUCAUCCUCAUCCUUGCCUUCUUUGCCUGUUGGCUUCCCUACUACAUAUGCCUGACCACCGACACGUUCAUGCUGCUCGGAAUAAUCGAGCACGAUUGCGUCCUGGAAGCAGUAAUACACAAGUGGAUAUCCAUAACUGAAGCUUUAGCUUUCUUCCACUGUUGCCUCAACCCUAUAUUAUACGCCUUCCUUGGGGCCAAGUUCAAGACGUCGGCUCAAAACGCCUUUACGUCAGUCAGUAGAGGUUCAAGCCUCAAAAUAUUAUCCAAAAAACGCGCUGGACUUUCAUCGGUUUCAACAGAAUCCGAGUCCUCGAGUUUCCACUCCAGCUAACAGUACUUAAUUUACAAGGACUCCUUUAGAGGCAAAAGACUGAUCACCUAUCAGUGUGUAAAUAUAUAAAUUUAUAUAAAUCUAUAAUUUGCUAUAUGAAUUCCUAUUGGUUGUUUAACGACGAUGAUGUAUCAUUGCCUAAUUUAUAUGAAAUAUUUUAUGUUUUAUGUACUUUUCUUUUGUAGGCAGGCCCUGUGGACUAUGGACUGGUUCACAAUAAAUUUAUUAUGUUAA